GAGAUGGCUGACUCGGAUUCUGGGACUCAUAUAUCUGACAUAAUUGAGACGAAUAAUGAUGAAAGUGAACUAAAAAACGAAGAUCGUCUCCAUCCAAUUAAAGAAGCAAACAGCAUCCCACUGGAAGUGAAUGUCAUCGAUGACAAAGAACCAGAAAUCAUCAAAGAAUCCAAAAAUAUUAGAAACAUCAAAAGUCAGCAAGAUACAGAUCGCUUCUCUCACUCGUCUAUGCACUCACAAAUGACUCAAAGUACCGACCUAAGUCACUCCACUAAAAUAGAAAAACCACAUCAACCUACCGCUGAGCGCAGACAAUACAGGCUCAGCAGGUCCAAUUCCAGAUCAAGUGACGUCAUUGGAGGCUACGUCACAGCAGUGAAUGUCCAUAAUGCACCACGAGUUUAUAGAAAAAUCAACGAUGAAAUGGGAAUGCAUCCAUUGGACAGGAGACAAAAGAUUGGUCGACCGCGCACCAGUAGUUUUCCCCAAUCUUCACCAUGGAAACAUCAGAAUGGUUACGUCAUUCCUUCRACACGAAUAGACAAUAUACCGCUGAACCGUAGCUUGGAAAGUUUCCAGGCCCACGGGAACGGAAACGGCCGAACAGCGUACGAGUUCAUGGAAGCARCACGCCAACAGCAAAGGAACGACAAACGAGUAGCCAUCAGAGGUUUAGAGAUACAAGAGCCUGACGACACCUCAGAAGAUAACAAUGAUAUGGACGACAUUUCCUGGGCACCAACCGGAAUUUUUGCAGUGUUUAUAAUUACCUUGUGGACAGCGGUUUUAAAAUUGAUUGACAGCAUCGAUAACAACGGYCCAGUAGUGUGUUCUGAGGGGGAGGAGGUCAGGCUAUGGAUUUGUUCUGGAUGUUUGUCGUUGGUGUUUUUCUUAGGAGAAAUUGUYUGGAAAGGAAAGAACUUCAGUAAAGCAUUGUUUGGUGCAAUCUUGGURUUUGCAUACAUGAUGCUAGGUCACGCUGARCCGUUAACCUGCCGUCUCGGUGAAGCGAAACUCAAUGAAAUCAACAAAUGGCAAGCAGCUAUGAAUUUUUUCUUUGCUGCGUUACUUGGUACCAAAGUUUACCAGGAAAUUGCCCAGGUAAUACGUCAGAGACGACGGAAACGGAAACGGAAAAGAAAAGACGAUGAUUCGAGUGAUGAAGAUGAAUCUGUUAUGAGAGUUUAUCGUGUCUAGAUGGUCGUGUAAAACAGACCGACAUGAAGCUUUACCCUUUGAGGCACCAGGUGUACCAACCUAAGGUACUAGAAAUAUAACCAUUGUAAAGCUGAAAAUAUGUUACCCUUAUAACAAGCUACACGGAAAGAGAAAAUCAUGGGUCAAAUAUAGUUACUUUGGACAAUGGGUUAAUUUCAAAUAUACACCUUAAAAUAUCGAUCUUUUGACGCUACUUUUUGGGGCACUAAUGGCCACAUCAACGRGCUACCUGUUAUGUAAGCUGAGAAGUUUUUGCGCUGGCCAUUUUGUCAUAUCACGACCUACUACUAAAUAAACCAGAAAAAUAUUCAAAGGGUCCUAAAGUUUCGAGACCCUAUCAAAUGAUAUUGGACGAUGUUUUGUGUCUCUGUUAACUUGGUUUAGACAUAUCGUUGAACAACUGUUUAUCAAUCUAGGGCGCGGUUCUUUGGAAAGCAAACUGCGGUACUAACUCUUGUUCAUAAUCAAAUAUCAACUUUCUAUACACAAAAUUAAAUCUCGACUUUGCACACAACAGUACAAGCCUGGCAUGUCUAUGUUUUAAAUAGAUGGUAGAAUGUAUGACUGUUAUAUAAGAUUGCAGCAAAACAACCACAGUUAUGACUCGUGUACCGCCGCAACGCAAUAUUCAUUGUUCUGUAAGUGUCUGGGCCUGGUAGUACAUGACAUAUAGCGAUAUCCAGGAUAUAAUUCACACUUUGUUCAACCGAUCACUGGGGUUGUACAUCAAUAUAACAGUUAGUUGACCCGGUAGUUGACUCGUACUCCAUAGUGGAUCAUUAGCUGUCGAUGCUCAGCCAAAAUAACGAACUUUGUAAAUAAAUGAAAAAUAAAUUGUAAUAACACUAAAUAUGUAAUAGUAAUGUAUAUUAUCAAAACUYCAUCCAGCUCCUUCGGCACAAAGGUUACUCCGUGCAUAUCUGCAUCGCUAUCAUUUAACACAAUCAAAGAAGACCGGAAAAUGAUUAUGUCAAAUUAUUUUAAUAUGGUUUUAUUGCAAACAUUGAUUAAGGACAUUAAGGUUGCUAUACUGACUAUUAAACUUGAGUUCUUUUUCGCAUAAAUU